AAACCUGUAUAUUGGGAACGCGUCUCUCGCCUGGCUCGCAUUGAAAAGCCACGUUGAGUAGUUAUUUAUGCAACCCGGUAUCUUAUGCAACCCGGUAUCCGAUGUUGUCCUGUCUCCGGGGCCAGUGUAACACAUUCAAACUCUGUUAUACAUUAAUAUUCCUUGCACACGCAGCCAGCUCGGAUCAUAGACAGAACUGCCAUCGACAGGAUCCCAUAUAAUGUUAAGGUACACGCUGCGUAUAUUGGUUAUCCUUGGGAAUCGGAUCUUCAGAUGAUCUUCUCCAUAAUUGACGGCUUCUUUGCUUGCUUCGAUCUGUUCCGCCUUACGCCUCGAGGUCUGCAAGUCUUCUGCGUCGUUGCAUCCCAAAAGAUUGGUCUGACCAUCAUGUACAAUUUGUAUCUGAGUCAUUCUACGGCGAAUGCAAUGCCAUUCAGGGUUUGCAUUCGGCACAGCAGACCAGUGCUCAAGCGCUAGAUUAAUGAUGCUCACAUCGCUCAAUGAUUCAUACGGAACUCUCUUCCGCUGAUGAAUCGUCCAAACGUUCUUGUCUUUACAAGUGAAAGCUAAUACGUGAACACGAGUUCAUGACCGGAUUUGGCUACAAUGUGACGCAGGACUUUUUGUUGUUCAACCGAUGCAGUACCUCUGCCUCACUGACAUUCAAAUUAUUCAGAAAUGAUCCUGAAGAAACCGGCGAAUCUCAUCACGGUCGUUCUCGAUAUCCUAUGGGCUGGACGUCCCGCGAUUUCCCGUUGGUGAGAUCCUAUUCACUUUUUUGUCGGACCUCUUUUGCUCCGCGAUGUUUUCCGCGUAUGACUGGUUGAUGCUAUGCUCAUUCCGCCGGAAGAGAAAGAAAGAAGCAAGCAGUGGAAGCUCGAGUUUUUUGAGCAACCUUCUUCAUCUCGUUUUCUUCCUAAGGCAUCACCACCAUCAUCCUCUUCGUACAAUGCGGAAAGAAGUUUGCACUUUUUGCCGUGGGAGGAAAGUACGGUGUGAGUUAGUUCUUGGGACUCUAUACUGUCAGAAUUGCGCAGAUAGAGGUCUUGAGUGCAGUGGGCCUAUGCCAACAGAGGCCCGGUUGAAGAAGAAACAAAAGAAGGCCACGCAUGGAAGUAAUGAACCUGGUUGCCACCCGCCCAGUGGCCCCCGAGAAGAUCGGGCACAGGCUCAGCCAACAGCUGAGCUCCAACCUCAGGCACCCUCUGAGAUGCUUCCAGCUCUGGUGGCAUCCGCAUGGCCUUUUGAUGCGCAGGUACCUUCCCUGGCGCCCCAAACUUCCACCGCUGAGGUUUAUCAAUUUGGUAAUGUACUGAAUGUCGAAUCAACGACCCCGACUAUGGACACUGGCCAACCGCAGGCACCUUUCUUCGUUCCGCCACCGUCGGACCCAUUCAUUCGACCUGCCAACAUCCUGGGCCAAGGGGCGACAUCUCAAGACGCAUAUAAUCUUCCCGAUAUGGCCGAAUUCGAGUUAUUGGCUGCGUUUGCAGCUCUCAAUUACUAAGUACCUGUGAUUUGCCCUCAAGGUACCUCAAAAUUUGACACGGCCAUUCAACGUAGACCCGCCGUUGUCGCAUACCCAAGUCGUGAAUAAGUUUCAAUGACUACAACAUCUGGACCGAAUUUUUCCUUUUUCCGUUUUCAGGACUUUUUCCCUCUAAGCGUAAUAGAAUGUUUAGAUGCUUCUUAUUUAUUUCGCGCAUCUGGUAUUUGUUUCCUUGAUCCUUUUCUCUGCUCGCAUCACUUUUUGUCUGCUCCUUCUGUCUCCUACUUUUCUUUUAAAAUGUCCAACACAACUUCAUAAUCUGUAUGCCAAAGACAGCUUUCUUCUAUCUAAUUAAGUAUACUUAUAAAAACAAUUCUUC